UCAAACGCGUUUCACGUCUGUUUUCGAACGGUCAACAACGGAUGGGAUCGGAUCGGAUCGGAUCGCGCGAUCGCCAGUUGUCGCCAGCCCCAUAUUAACACUCACUCACUCGCAGCGGUUUAGAAACCUAUGAAUUGAGCAAACACUCAUCUUCUGCGGCUGGCCAAUGGUCCAAACCCCUUUCCGCCUGUGAUAAGUGCCCGCCUCCGAACUCGCAAUCCGCUCUGUGUGUAACAGCGAAAAGCUGAAAAAAAAAGCAAACAAAAUGAAAGUGCCCACGCGCAGCUCGAAAUAUUCAUUCAAUUUGAAAAUAUUCAAAUUGCAUAACGAUAAGAAACCAACCAGCAGUCCCAGUCCACCGAACUCACCUGUGAUCUCAGCGAAAAGAAACUCAUGGCGCGCUUCGUGGCGAUCGGCCUUGGGUUCCAAGAGCAAGUCCAGUCCCACGUCCUCGGACGGUCUCGACAGAGACCCCAUCGAAUUGGAGGCGGAACCAGCGUUUUUCGAGCGGACAAGGUGCCACAGUUCGUGCUCCAUCUCCUCUUCCACCGACAAUCUGUUUCCCGCCAUUCAGAUUCCCCAAGGCGAUGAGCUUAUGUCGAUGCCAUGGUUUGGCAUGGACAUCGGCGGCACCCUCACGAAGUUGGUCUACUUUGAGCCCAAGGACAUAACGCCGGAUGAACAGGAUCGCGAGGCGGGCAUUUUGCGGAAUAUCCGACGCUACUUAACCAAAAACUCGGCGUACGGCAAAACCGGACAUCGAGAUACGCAUCUACAGAUGGACAAUGUGGAGAUCCGCAAAAGACGGGGAUCGCUGCAUUUCAUUCGCUUCCAGACCACCGACAUGGGCAACUUCCUGUCGCUGGCCAAGCAGAAGGGCAUGGCCGAGCUGGUGACCACGGUUUGCGCCACCGGCGGCGGAGCCUUCAAGUUCGAACAGGAUUUCCGAGACCAAGUCAACAUGAAGCUGGCCAAAUUCGACGAACUGGACACACUGAUCAAGGGCAUUCUCUUUGCCGAUCUGCACAAUCGCACGGAGUGCUACUACUACGAAAAUGCACGUGAGAUUCUAAAAAGCGAGAAGCGACAGUUCAACUUCUCGCAACCGUUUCCAUUCAUCCUGGUCAACGUUGGCUCCGGAGUCUCCAUCCUCGCCGUCUACGGUCCCGACAACUAUAAACGCAUUUCGGGCACAAGCUUGGGCGGCGGAACAUUCCUCGGACUGUGUUGCCUUCUCACCGGCUGCACAUCCUUCGAAGAGGCUAUCCAACUGGCCACCAAGGGCGACAACAGAAAGGUGGACAAAUUAGUUAAGGAUAUUUAUGGCGGCGAUUACAACCGCUUUGGUCUGCCCGGCGAUUUGGUGGCGUCAAGCUUUGGCCAGAUGCACCUCAAUGACAAACGUGUUUCGGUAUCACGAGAGGAUUUGGCCAACGCCACACUGGUCACCAUAACGAACAAUAUUGGCUCCAUAGCAAGGAUGUGCGCGCUGAAUGAGAAGAUCGAUAGGGUCGUCUUUGUGGGCAACUUCCUGCGGGUGAACCCCAUUUCCAUGAAACUGCUGGCGUACGCAAUGGAGUUCUGGUCCAAUGGCACAAUGAAGGGCCUCUUCCUGGAGCACGAGGGAUACUUUGGUGCGCUGGGUUGCCUGCUGCAGUUCAACGGUGAGCUGGCAGCCGCUCUCAACGACGGAGUGGAGCAUCCAACUCACACAGCGUCGGAUGCGGGCGAGGGUGUUUUGAGUCCGGAUGUGACGACGCUUUCCACGGCGGAUGAGCCAGCAGAGAAGUCGCCGUUGUCGCCAACAAGCACACACUCCACUAGAUAGUCACUGUAACCACAUGUUCCUCCCGCGGCCACCCGACGUGGGCCAUCCGAUUGUAGUGCAUGUACAGUAGACCUAAGAUCAUUAUGGCAAUGGCAAUGGCAAUGGCAACGACUUUGGUCCUUCGCAGUUUAUCUCGGUAUUUAUCGUACUUCUUUCUCGGCUUUAGUUGUAACUUGAAGACGCACAAAUUGUAAAUGCAUGAAAUUACUGAAUGGAUAAAGUGCCUGCUAGCAAGCAACGAAUUUUGGCCCAAGCAAAUGCCGAACACACAAUUUAUUUCUUAACUUUCACUUGUGUAACAUUUCUCGAUAUGUUACUACCAUGCAGUCUUCGUCAGUUUUGGUAGUUUUUAGUUCUUUUUCUACAGUGAUAGAUGUUAGCUCUCGGAAAAGUAUUAUAAAUACUUGACAAACGGAACCGCAAUUGAAAGUCUCGCGCGCAACAAACGGUUCAAGAGCAUGUAUUGCAUACACCUAAUGAUAUGCCCAUGUCCUUCGACCAUAUUCAUACAUACAUACCUAUAAGUUUUUACCUUAACGUUUGUGUACAUGAUUUAAGUGGAUGUUUUAAAGUUUCUUUAUAGAAUAUAAGUUUGUGGUCAUGUUAUGAUAGGAUUCAAUUUGUCGGCAGGUCAAUAAAACUUGUUUAAAACAUUAAA